CUGCGUUUACGGCGUUACGUCAAAUCUUUGCCACCGUCCCGCGAGCAUCGGUCUGCGCAUGCUCCAGUGUUAUCACGUGGGGGAAAACAUGGAUCCCCGAAGCGUUCAGUUUCACGAGAUGGGUUUGGACGACCGUCUUUUAAAGGCGGUAGCUGACCUUGGAUGGGCCCAGCCGACCCUCAUUCAAGAAAAAGCCAUUCCGCUGGCUCUCGAAGGGAAGGAUAUUUUGGCAAGAGCUCGGACCGGUUCGGGGAAGACUGCUGCUUACGCGGUGCCGCUGAUUCAGCGGAUCCUCACCUCUAAGCAGACGCUGCAAGAGCAGGCAGUGCGAGCUUUAGUCCUGGUACCCACAAAAGAGCUGGGACAGCAGGUACAGGCCAUGAUUCGCCAGCUCACCACCUACUGUGUCCGAGACGUUCGUGUGGCCGACAUCUCGGGCAAAACAGAGUUAUCAGCCCAGAGGCCGAUUCUGAUGGAAAAGCCAGAUGUUGUGGUGGGAACUCCGUCUCGGGUGCAAGCCCAUAUCAAAGCCCAGAACUUGGCACUGAACGCUCUGGAUGUGCUCAUCAUCGAUGAAGCGGACCUUCUUUUCUCUUUUGGCUUCGAGGCUGAGCUUAAGGACCUCAUUUGUCAGUUGCCUAAGAUCUAUCAGGCUUUCUUAAUGUCUGCGACACUCAAUAACGAUGUUCAGGCCUUGAAGGAGCUCGUUCUACACAACCCUGUGACGCUGAAGCUACAAGGCUCCCAGCUUCCAGACGAGUCCCAGCUGCAGCAGUACAGUGUGAAAUGUGAGGAGGAGGACAAGUUCCUCCUCAUCUAUACACUUCUCAAACUUGGCCUGGUGCGAGGCAAGACGCUCAUAUUCGUCGGCAGUCUGGAUCGCUGUUACAGGCUCAAGCUUUUCUUGGAGCAGUUCAGCAUUCCUUCCUGCGUCCUCAACUCUGAACUCCCUGUGCGCUCGAGGUGUCACAUCAUAUCACAGUUUAAUCAGGGAUUCUACAAUUACAUCAUAGCCACAGAUGAGCAAAGGCUUGACAACCCGACUGCUGAAUCCAAGAGUACCGAGAGCAGUGGGAAAAAGAAGAAGAAGAAAAAGAAGUCAAAGAGUAAAACAGGCAAAGAUAAAGAAUAUGGUGUGUCCAGAGGUGUGGACUUCCAGAACAUCGCAAAUGUCAUCAACUUUGAUUUUCCCACUUCUCUAGAAUCCUACAUCCACCGAGUUGGCAGGACUGCAAGGGCAGACAACAAAGGCACAGCUCUCACGUUCGUCUCCCAUUCAGAGCUCUCGUUGCUGGAGGAGGUUGAGAAUGCUCUUACAGAAGACAGCAGAAACUGCGCCCUGAAGCCAUACGGGUUCAAAAUGGAUGAAAUAGAAGGAUUUAGAUACAGAUGUCGGGAUGCGAUGAGGUCUGUGACCAAGCAAGCAGUGAAGGAAGCCAGAAUAAAGGAGAUCAAGCAGGAGCUGCUCAACUCUGAGAAGCUUCAGAUGUACUUUGAAGACAACCCGAGAGAUCUGCAACUGCUCCGUCAUGACAAAGACCUCCAUCCUGCCAUAAUCAAACCCCACCUGAGAAACGUACCAGACUACUUGAUUCCGUCCUCGCUGAAAAAUCUGGUCAACCCCUUCUCAUGCCGGAAGAAGAAGCUCAAGUUCAAGCCCAACCCAAAGGGAGUCAUGAAAACUGCCUUCAAGAAGAAUAUCAGAGGGAAGAACCCACUGAAGAGUUUUCGCUACGCUAGGAAAGCCGGGAAGCAGAAGAACAAAUCCUAACAGCACAGAAUUGAAUUUUUCUACAAACCAGUAGACACACUGGGAUGGAAAAAGCUCCAAUAUGACUAGCUGGAUGGACAUUCUGUGAGGACGUACCUGCAUUGAAUGCUUGGAAAUAAAGAAGAGACCGAAUUGAUUUAUAAAGAAAUUAUUACACAGCAGUAACCAUUGAUCUGAAUACUAUUCCUGAGGAAAGUGACCACACCCGCUGAGAUGGUUUCUGAGGUAGAGCUGAUGUUGUGGAGAUGGGCGAUCAUCUCGACUGUUCCUUGAUAGGUUCACAUCCUUCGCUCAAUUCUUAUGUGAAGAACAAGCUAAAAGAAGUUUUUCUUAACAUGUAGAUCAGUGUCUCAGACUUGUUGGUCAUAAUAAUCAUUUAGAACUGAAAGGAAAGUCACUUAAAACUAAACUAUAGUCGUAACCUGAAGUUUAAAAACAUUCAGUGUUGGAAUAAACCCAGGACAUUUGCUUAGUUUCAUUCUGUCCUUCAAGCCUUCUGCUCUCUCUUACUAAAACUAAAUUCUUUGCUUUAUUUGAUUGUAUUUUUGUAAUAUUUGAUGUUUUCUAGUUUAAAACACAAUGAUUUCCACUAACCAUCAUUUUGGUUUCAGUUUUCAAUGCUUACUUCACUGUUCUUACUGAAUCCCAAAAAAUUUCACAACUGCACAGAUUCAGCAACGUGAUGUUAUUUCAUUUUCACAGAUCGAAAAUAACUUUUUCACUCAAUACAACUGCAGUGUUAAUUAUAUUUUUUAUACAAUGAGUACAUUAAAGAUGGGAAUAAGAUUAAAAAUAAACUACAGUACAAAGCA